AUGGCCGAUCAUGAUUCCUACCGCAGCUCAAUCACAUCCAGACCAUCGUUCAACCGAACGGUUACCAGCAGCACUCAGAACUACGGAACGCCAGGAUCCGGAAACCGUGUGCUGAAGAUUGUGACCGAGAUGUCUUCGUCUUCGGUGACUGGCGGUAUGUCUCCGUACUCGCAGAAUGCCGCUUCGACCAUCCGUGACAACCGUGAGCGCGAGAAGAAGGAGAUCAUGGAGCUCAACGAUAAACUCGCCAGCUACAUCGAGAAGGUCCGAUUCUUGGAGGCUCAGAACAGAAAACUGGAUGCAGACCUCAAGAACUUGAGAGGAGGCUUUGGAAAGAGCACAGGAAGUGUGAAGAUUAUGUACGAGCAGGAGAUCACCACUGCCACUACUGUCAUCCAACAAACCGGAAAGGAUAGAGAAGAGGCAGAGAAGGAGAUCAAGAAGUUGCAGCAGCAACUGAGCGAGAUCCGCAAGAAGUGAGUUAGAACUGGACUUUGAACUAUCACUGACCCGCUUUUUAGGUUUGAGGAGGCCACCAACGGUCGUGUUGAAGACCGUCAGAAGAUUGACGAUCUUCUUGUGGAACUCUCGGGACUUGAGGCCGAGAUCAACCUUCUUAAGAGACGCAUCGCUCUUCUCGAAGAAGAGGUCCUCCGCCUCAAGAAGGAAAACCAGAGACUCACCUUCGAGUUGCAAAAAGUCAGAAAGGAUUUGGAUCACGAGACCCUUCUCCGCAUUGACAACCAGAACAAGGUGAAGACCAUUCUUGAGGAGAUCGAUUUCAUGAAGAGAGGAUUCGAAGAUGAGCUCAAGUCGCUGCAAGCCAUGGCUGCUCGCGACACCACCAGCGAGAACCGUGAGUACUUCAAGAACGAGUUGGCCAAUGCGAUCCGUGAAAUCCGCAACGAGUACGACCAGAUGAUGACCGGAAACCGUAGUGACCUCGAGUCGUGGUAUCAGUUGAGAGUGCAGGAGAUCAACACGCAAUCCAACAGACAGAACGCCGAGAACAACUUCCAGAAGGAAGAGGUUAAGAGACUCCGCAGUCAGACCUCUGAGCUCCGUGGAAAGCUCUCCGACCUCGAGUCGAGAAACGUUCUCCUCGAGAAGCAGAUUGAGGAGCUCAAUUACCAGCUUGAGGAUGACCAGAGAUCCUAUGAAGCCGCCCUCAACGAUAAGGACGCUCAGAUCCGCAGGCUACGUGAGGACUGCCAAGCCCUCAUGGUCGAACUUCAAAUGCUCCUUGAUACCAAGCAAACUCUGGACGGAGAACUCAAGGUGUACAGAAAGAUGUUGGAUGGAGAACAGGAUCAGAGCGGACUCCGCCAGCUCGUCGAGCAGGUUGUCCGUACCUCGGCCAUCAACGAGGUCGCUGACACCGAAACGAUGAGAGUGGUCAAGGGAGAGCACUCGAGCAGAACCUCCUACCAGCGUUCCGCUAAGGGAAAUGUCGCCAUUCAUGUAAGAAACUGUUUCUAUUAUUUGAUUUUUUUAUUUUUCAACUUUAGGAGACCUCCCCUGACGGCAAGUUCGUUGUCCUUGAGAACACGCACCGUGGAAAGGAAGAGCCACUCGGAGACUGGAAGUUGAAGCGAAAGAUUGACGGAAAGCGCGAGAUCGUGUUCACCUUCCCGUCCGAUUUCGUCCUCCACCCAUUGAAAACUGUCAAGGUAAGUAAAACACCUUUGACAUCUCAUUCGAUCUCAUUUGAUGGUGUCUUCUUCGAAAAUGGGUGGAUUGUUGUAUGUGCGUUGUGUGUCGAAUUGAUAAUCUAAUGCGCGAUUGCGUUUGGGUGUGGCAAGGUCAUUUGGCCGUAAUGACGGGGACGGGGACGACGGGAAACGGUCGGAGAGUGAGGAGAAAGAGAAGUGAUAAACAAAUCGGGGGGAUUCUUUGGACACCAAAGAUGCAGAAUGGGCAAUAGUCGGAAACUGGUCAGAAAACAGAUGAACCCGUUGGAAAUUCAAAAAAUUCCAGAUCUUCGCCCGUGGUCAAGGAGCCUCGAACCCACCAGAUGCCCUAGUUUUCGAGGGAGAUGACACCUUCGGAGUUGGCGCCAACGUCCAGACUAUUCUCUACAACAACAAGGGAGAGGUACAUGCAUUUCCACAGACAUUCCCUUAUCAUCAUACAUUUUUUUCAGGAGCGUGCCACCCAUAUUCAACGCCAGAGCCAACAGACGACCACUUCCUAA